AUGUCCAAGCGAGUGGCCGUGGUGACUGGAGCCAACAAAGGCAUCGGCCUGGCGCUGGUGCGGGCUCUGUGCCGACAGUUCGAGGGGGACGUGUACCUGACCGCCCGGGACAGGGACCGCGGGCAAGAGGCGCUGCACCGACUGCAGCAGGAGCAGCUGAAGCCGCUUUUCCACCAGCUGGACAUCACGGACCCGCAGAGCAUCAGAAACCUGCGGGACUUCAUGUCCCAGGGAUACGGAGGCAUCGACGUCCUGGUCAACAACGCAGGAAUCGCCUUUCAAGUGGCAGAUACGGCUCCUUUCGGGACCCAAGCCGAAGUGACUCUGGCGACCAACUUCUUCGGUACCAGGGAUGUGUGCACUGAGCUCCUCCCCAUCAUCAAACCCCAAGGGAGAGUGGUGAAUGUAUCCAGUGUAUCCGGUUCCAAUGCAUUGCACAAUUGCAGCCAAGAACUCCAAAAGAAAUUCCGCAGUUCGACGAUCACGGAAGAGGAACUGGUGGAGCUGAUGAAGAAAUUUGUUGAAGAUGCUAAAAGAGGAGUCCACGCUCAACAAGGGUGGCCAUCCUCUGCCUACGGGGUUUCAAAGAUCGGUGUUACUGUCCUUUCGAGGAUCCAUGCCCGAAUGCUGAGUAAGGAGAGAGCAGCAGACGGGAUCCUCUUGAAUGCUUGCUGUCCUGGCUGGAUAAAAACAGAUAUGGCUGGUCCCAAAGCCCCUGGGACCCCAGAUGAAGGGGCUGUGACACCAGUUUAUUUAGCUCUUCUCCCAGCAGGGGCAGAUGGCCCACAUGGGGAGUAUGUAAGCAAUAAAACUGUUCAGAAAUGGUAAACCUAAAGGCUAGUGGUAGAGGGAAGACAAGGAAACUGGAGGAUAAAAAGAACAGAAGAUUAUCGUUUGUAUACUAAUAAAAACUGACAAAAUUAAUGGGUGUCAUUUCACUUGGUAGAUGUCUGGCUUUGCAUGAACUAAUUCUUAUGUAAUUUAGUUUCCUCAAAUAUUUUCAUUAAAGUCAAUAAUUUUGCCUUGAAA